UGUGACAGAUAAUCGGUCGAUUGAAUGUUUUCUAUUUUCAUAAUUAGAAAAUGUUUUAUUCAGUGAAUAAAUAAAUCAUGAUGAUGGACGAAAACGAAUUCUUUAAGGAGACAGUCCAACACUUGGCUAGAUGUCUCUCCUGCAUAAAUCCUACACCAUGGGAAAAGGUAAACACGCUAUUCAUGCUGUGUCCACAAGCUAGUUCAUCGUUUGUCGUGACACCACGCAACCAAGAAGCCAGUAUAGCUUUAGGUAUAUACUUUCUACAAAGUGGUCUUCAGCACCAAGAUAAAUUGCUUCCGUACUUUCUAAAAGUACUCAAAUGUCUAACUAAUGCACAGUUUGAAGAACCAAUGUGCAGGAUUAAGAGUGGUGAUCGAAUACCAAUGUCAGAAAAAUUUAGCUUUUGCUUAAACACACUGCUAUCCGAUGUUGCGGCGAAACAGCCAGCAUUGCGUGAAGAAAUUGUCACAGCUCAAAUAGAACUUAUGUCUCACCUCACAAAGAUCAUAAUCGAUUGCCACGAAAGCAGAGAUUACAACAACGUUACCAAACUCCAACUGUGUAAGAGUACCCUCCCAAUUUUGAUAGGGUUAGCCAGAUCUAUGGGCCGAUAUGCAACUAUCGAACCUCCUUUAUUGUGUCGGUUGUUUCCGCAGCCGAGCAGUCCUGUGAAAUCGAAAGAACCAGAGCCGAGUUUCGAAUAUUCGACAUUAGAUAAGAAGCGAAAGUUUAACCAGUUCCGCCCAAUAAUUCCGAGAUCCUUAUCAGGGAACCUCAAUCCUAACACAGAAAAUGCGGUAGAAAAUGGUACUGAUACUGUAGACAACACAGGUGGAACAUUAAAACGAGGCUCCUACCAUAGCUACAACUCCGUCCCAUACGAUCCGACAACGUAUUUCUUUCACAAAUUCGGUUCUAGUUUCAACCAGUUUCCAUAUAUGAGGUUAUCUGAGUCGCCGGAGAAGAGAAUCAACGUACAGUUCUACGUCACAUAUCUUCAGUCGAUAUUGUCGCUGGCGAAAAAAUUACUUACCAAAGAUUUAUUAGCGUUUUUGGAUGAAGAGGCAGAAGAUGUUUUUGCUUCUGCGCAAAUACAGGUUUUUCCAUAUAAAUCCUUUUCUGAAACGCUGAAUUUGGUGAUGGUAACCUUGUUACGAGAUAUCUUGCAACACCAGAAGGAUCUGCCCGGACCUUUUACUAAAGACGUGCAAGAAUUCGUAAAAUGCCUAUUUUUGAGCGGGCAAACUGAACUCCAAAGUCGACAUCAUGAUGCUUCGGAAAAAGAAGACAGGGAAAGCAACUUUGCGACAGUGAAUAAAUUUAAAGUCAACGUUAUGGCAAAUUCGGCGUGUGUCGACUUGCUUGUAUGGGCGAUUGGCGAUGAGACAGGAGCGGAUUCGUUAUGUGGAAGAUUGACGGAGAAAAUUAAUUCGAAUCACAAUCAUAAACUUAUUUUGGCACAUAUGCCGUUGCUCAUGGUCUGUCUCCAGGGUCUUGGAAAGUUAGCGACAAAGUUCCCAACGAUAGCGAACACAUCGAUAUAUUGUUUACGAGAUUUCCUAGUGACGCCCUCGCCGAUACUAUUUAAAUUGCAUAAACUGGAGCUCGAAAAAAGUGGAAAAGAACACAUCAAGAAGAACACUUCAGUGCAAAAUAAAGAACUCCAAACGGAGACGGGGGCCCCUGUUAAGUCGACGCCGUUCGAGAAACUCCGAGAUGCGGCGAUAGAAAAUCUUUGCGUGGCUUUGGAGGCUGCGUUGACAGUGGAUCCUGUUUGCGUUCCUGCGUUAGUUGGGUCUGUUAGCAACCGACUGUUCACAGCUGAGACUAGUGAUAGCGAGUCUUCACUGAUCAGUACGAACAUAGUUAUAAUGUUGGGUCACGUGGCUGUCGCUCUGAAGGAUACGCCAAAGACUACGGACACCAUAUUGCAAUUCUUCCAACAGAGGCUGUGUCGUUCCCCCUCGUCGCUGGACACCCUGAUAGUGGACCAGCUGGGCUGUAUGGCGUUGGCCAGCCCCGAGGGUCCGGCUCAUGAUGAGAUUAUGAGAAUGUUCACCGUCAUCACAGUAGAGUCAGCCAGCGCUUCCUACCAGCACACCGAUGAUAGGAAGCAGUAUCGCCACGUGUCCGGUGCAGUGCUAAACGCGCUCGCGAACAUAGCGGCGAAUGUUCGCGGUACUUCAGCCCGCCUCGAACUCCUGACCCGUCUGUUGGAGCUGUUUGUCCAACUGGGACUAGGGGGUGAGAGGGCCACGGAUAGGUCGCCAGCUCCAGUACUAAAGGCGUCUGGAAGCGCUGGAAACUUGGGCGUACUUAUACCAGUUAUUGCGGUACUCGUUAAAAGACUUCCGCCAAUAAGAAAUCCGAAACCUCGCCUCCAUAAGCUCUUCAGAGACUUCUGGUUAUACUGCGUCGUGAUGGGAUUCACAGCCGCCGAAUCAGCCAUGCGAAAGCGACUUUGGCCUCAAGAGUGGUACGCAGGUGUAAAAGAGAUAGCAGUAAAAUCGCCUUUCCUUGUCUCGCAAACGUCACUUCGUUCUGAAAUGCGAGAGUUACAAUAUACUUCGGCGGUACGGAACGAUUCGGUUUCGAUAAACGAAUUACAGGAAUUAAAGACACAGAUAUUGAACUUGUUGGAUCAUCCGCCGGAUGUAACGGUUAAUGUGAAUAAGCUCAAUUUCGCGCCUUGUAUGUAUCUGUUGAGUGUUUACUGGGUGGAAACUUUGAGGGUAGUAAAUUCACCUGAGCCAAGUUUACAACCAAUUAUUGAAUAUUUAAGUGACACGGCCCUUCAGAAAGAUAAGAGCGGUAUGUGGCAAUGUGUUGCUAGCGUUGGCGACAAAGUAUUCCAGAAGUUCUUAGACGUAAUGUCGGAGAAGAUAAAAGACGAGGCCCGAGAGAGAGAGCUCGAGGGUCACGCCCAGUUUCUGCUGGUCAACUUUAACCACAUACACAAGCAAAUACGACGGGUUGCGGAUAAAUGGCUGGCUGGUCUGGUUGAUAGAUUCCCGCAUCUGCUUUGGAACUGUCGGGUUCUCUGGUCGAUGUUAGAUAUUCUACAAGUAUUAAGUUUCAGUCUAGAAUUGGAUGCUAAUCAAGAAACUCCUUUAUUAAAAGUACCCGGUACUGAUUUCACUCUUCAACUUCAAGAUACAUUAGAAGGUCGUGAGUGUAUUGUAAAAGAUUUUGCCGAUCGCUGUCACGGCAUCGUCCAAGAGGCUAUGAAAUGGGCCCCGCAGUCCACCAGAUCACAUUUGCAGGAAUAUCUCAAUCAAGUGCCGAACUCGACGCUGUGGCACCACUGCGGGCUGGCGCUGGCCACGGGCGCGCUGCUGGGCGCGGCGGGGCUCAACCGCGCGUCCGCGCCGCUGUCGCGCGCCGCGCUGGACAAGCGCCCGCCCUGCGUCACGCAGGACUCCGCCGCGCUGCUGGCCGUCGUGUCGCAGCGCAGCCGCUACUCCGGGGAGGUAGCAGGUGCAGUUUACGCAGAAGGCGGUGGAGAGGCUGCGGUCUGGCGAGUCGGCGCGCGCUUACACACAGCCCUGAGAGAGGCGUGCACCAGCGGCAGUGAGACUGCGCACCGAGCUGCUCUGUGGCGCUGCUCCGCGCUGCUCGUGCACGCUCGGGCCACGUCCUCGUCCUCCGGCAUGUCGCCCACUGCGCGCGCCCUGCUGCACAGUAUAGCUUGGUCUCAAGUGGACAUUUUCACGGAGGACGCCGUAACGUCAGCGGUGGAGUGUUGGCAGUGGCUCAACACGUCCCGACCGGACCUCGAGCUGCGUCUUCUGCAGGAGAUAUUCGCGGCCUGGCAGUGCACCGUCGACAGAAAGAUGGGCCUCUUCUCCAAACAGGCGGAGGAGAUCAGCCCUCUAGCGGCACAUGAAGGUGCAAAGUUAGAACCGAAACCGCCUUUUGUCGCCCCUCACGCAGUAUGGAUCCGAUAUUUGUGUGAAGUAGCCGAAACGGCGAAGUAUAACAGUUUGGAGAAAGUCGAAAUGUUAGCUAGUCUUCUUCACAGGUCGUUACCAGUAACAGUUGGCGAUGUAAGGGAUCACUUAAACAGGCAUGUUGAAGCUGCUGGUGUUAGAUUCAAGUUACUAUCCUGUGGUCUAUCUCUCCUUCAAGGCGAUAUCCUGCCCAAGUCCCUAGCAAGGAAUAUACUCCGCGAACGCGUAUACAGUGUGUGCCUGGAUUACUUCUGUCGAGGCUUACAGUGCCCUUCCAAGAGUUCUGGAGCUUUGAGAGAGGAGAUAAUAUUUCUGAUUAAGUUCUGGCAAUUGAUGCACUCGGACAAGAAGUAUUUGAAGAGUAGUGAUAUGGGCGUUGAUUUCGAACUAGUGAACCCGAGUAGCAGACAAAGUAUAUACACAACAAAUUCACCUACGGACAACCGGUCUUCGGUGAACAGUAGCGAUAUUGGUAACAGACAGACCACUGGAUGGAUUAAUACGGUACCGAUGUCGACGACUACGCUAAGCAGUGGCGCGGGCAGCAUCGCGGGUAAGCGAUCCAACCGAAGCGUGAAGCCACCUGCCAAGUCUCAGGACCCUUUCGUGAAGGACUAUGUUCGGAAGAGGAACCUGAUUUUGGAACUUAUGGCAGUAGAAAUAGAAUUUCUCGUCACGUGGCACAACCCACACGGGCGGCCAGAGCAAGCAAUACCGGGUGAAGACAAUAUAGCUACUUGGAGAUCUAAACCCAACACCGAGAGGAUUUGGCGGGAUUACGCGAAACUAGCGUGGGAUAUUAGUCCAACAUUGGCUGUGUUUUUGCCAGAACGGUUAAAGAAUGAAAGCAUAAUAGCAGAGAUAAAACGUAAAGUACAGUCACAUCCGACAGCUGUUUGUCACGUUCCUCAAGCCUUGAAAUAUCUUGUCACGACAGAAACAUUGCUUAACGAUGCACAUGAGCUGGUGCACAUGGUGACGUGGGCGCGCGUGUCGCCGGUGGAGGCGCUGUCGUACUUCAGCCGCCAGUACCCGCCGCACCCGCUGUCGGCGCAGGCGGCCGUGGCCACGCUCUCGUCCUACCCGCCGUCCGCCGUGCUGCUGUACAUCCCGCAGCUCGUGCAGGCGCUGCGCCACGACACCAUGGGUUACGUAGCAGAACUAAUAAAAUCGCUCGCGAAGAAAUCCCAAGUGGUAGCGCACCAGCUAAUCUGGAAUAUGCAUACCAAUAUGUAUACGGACGAAGAGAUGCAUAAUAAAGACACUGCGCUGUACGAUAUACUAGAAAAUUUAACGAAAUGCAUAGUCGACUCGCUGUCCGGCCCAGCGAAAGCGUUCUAUGAGAGAGAAUUUGAUUUCUUCAGUCAGAUAACUAACAUCAGUGGUAUCAUAAGACCCUAUCCCAAGGGAGCUGAGAGGAAAAGAGCGUGUUUGGAAGCACUGAAAAAUGUCAAGGUGCAACCGGGCUGCUAUUUACCCUCUAAUCCUGAUUCUAUGGUCGUUGAUAUAGAUUAUAAAAGCGGUACGCCUAUGCAGAGUGCCGCGAAAGCGCCAUACUUAGCUCGUUUUAGAGUACGAAAGUAUGGCAUAGCUGAAAUGGAAACAGUCGCUAUGGCUAUCGCAUCUGGGGAGGAAAUACCUUCCGAAGAAGGCAAAGAUCGAUACACAUCAAUAGCAGCGGAGACAUGGCAAGCAGCCAUAUUCAAAGUAGGGGAUGACGUACGACAAGACAUGCUGGCGUUGCAAGUUAUAUCAUUGUUCAAGAACAUAUUUCAACAAGUCGGCCUCGAUCUAUACUUAUUCCCUUAUAAAGUUGUAGCUACUGCUCCAGGGUGUGGCGUUAUAGAAUGCGUGCCUAACGCUAAGUCAAGAGAUCAGUUGGGACGACAGACGGACAUCGGCAUGUAUGAGUAUUUCAUCAAAAAGUAUGGGGACGAAACUACCAGAGAGUUUCAGGCGGCGAGAAGGUGUUUUGUGACGUCAAUGGCUGCGUACAGCGUCAUAGGAUUCCUGCUGCAGAUCAAAGAUCGACACAACGGUAACAUUAUGCUGGACACAGACGGACACAUCAUUCAUAUAGACUUCGGUUUUAUGUUCGAGUCGUCCCCGGGUGGUAACCUCGGCUUCGAGCCCGACAUCAAGCUGACGGACGAGAUGGUGAUGGUGAUGGGCGGCAAGAUGGAGGCGCCGCCCUUCAAGUGGUUCUGUGAACUGUGCGUGCAGGCCUUCUUGGCUGUCAGGCCGUAUCAAGAAGCAAUAAUAUCAAUCGUAUCGCUAAUGUUAGACACCGGCUUACCCUGUUUCCGGGGACAGACUAUACGACAGUUAAGAUCGAGGUUCGCGCCAAAUUCAACGGAAAAGGAAGCGGCCGCUUUCAUGUUAUCCGUUAUAAGGAAUUCCUUCCUCAACUUCAGAACUAGGACCUAUGAUAUGAUACAAUAUUAUCAAAACCAAAUUCCGUAUUAAAAUAAGGUGUGUUGGUAUGUUGGUUAUAGAUAUUUUUUUAUUUAAUUAAUGAUAAAAAAUAAACUAUUGUUUGUUUGUAAUAUGGAUAUAUGGAGGUUGGGUUUUGACGUAAUUUUGUUGAAUGUGGUACGGUGAUAUCAAAAGAACGUGUAUCAAUGUCUUCUUUAAUAUUAACAAAAGGCUUUCAUAUUAACAAAUAUCUUAUUAUAAUAAGUUUCAAUGAAUACUCCUGGUUCAACGUCCAGAAAAUGUAUUUUAAUUUUUAUUAAUAAUAAUUUUCUAUCCGUCAAAGUAAGAAGAUGCAAUCGGUCUUAGUUUGUUACUAGUAUCAGAUUUAGAUACCACAGUAUUUUGAGAAUUUUACGAAAAAUUUUUUAUAGCAGUUUAUGCUAAUUCUGACUUGUUUAAGAAGUAUAGGAAAUAAAGCAGUACAAUUAAAUGUUUUGACUAAAAUCUAUUACGUUUUCUUAACAUAUUUUUGUGGAGAAACGUACAACGUCUAAAGGAUAAUUUUUGUAACCCCAUAUAUAAAUUACUUAUCUAAUUGAAAGUUUACAUUCAAAUGGGCAUAGUAUUAUAUUAAUAAACAUAUAUUUUGACUAUAUGUCUAAAUAUGUGUACAUUUAUUGCUUUACUUUGAGUACAUAAUAAUAUUUAUGCGGAUCAUUUUCAU